GGUGCAUAAUAUUGUUUCCUUGUUGAAAUAGACGAAUAAACACAGACAACUUAUAUAAAGUGCGCUUGAGGAAAUCUCCAGCAUUAGGAAUUAGGUAUACGUGAUACAAUCAUGGUGUCUGCCAAGAUAAUUUUUUUGUUCGUCUUCGUAACAAUAAUUCCCAUGGCCUUUGUUGCGGCAGCCGACGGGUGCUCUGCCGAUGAAGUUCACGACGCUUGCAGUGCCCACUGCGAGCCCACUUGUGAGUCACACGACGCCAACCGCGCCUGCACCACCAUCUGCCUGCCCGGCUGCAAGUGUCGCGAAGAACUGGUCAGGAGGAAGGACAGACAGUGCGUUCCUCUCGAACAAUGCUAUGCAGGAGGGUCGAGGUCGGAGAGGUUCUUCUUUUUCUUCCAGGAGAGGUGUUUCUUGCUCGGCUGCUCGAUUCGUAAUGGCUUGCUAUGGGCGGCGCACCGCGUGUGUGUAUGUUGCAUCUCGAUACCCUUUUGGGAGGGUGUGAGGGGUCUCGACCGCGUUCCUGCUGCGGAGACUGUUUCCAUUCGCGCCCCAUCUUCGUGGGGCGGUCUUCCAUCGUCAUUUUGGGGACGACUGUGUAAUCUGGUGAGGGCCAGCUUUUUCGUUACCGGCCGUUAUCCAACUCCGCGACCCCUAGCCUGGUGAUACCGUUUGAGCGGG